UGAAAAGGCAACCCUUUUACUGUUUUAAUUCGCUUUGAGUGAAAAUGUGAUAAAAUUUACAUUUUUGGUUCUUUUAUUCAACAUAUUUUCUGUCAGUUAUUCAAGAAAAUGGAAACAACUGCAAGCCAAAAUGGGUUUUCAAAAGCCACCAAGAAGUCACAUCGCAUAUCUUAUGAAAAUGAAGAUGCCACACGUUCGGCGCUGAUCGAGUUCUGUAUCUACAUUUGCUUUCUGAUUGUGACGCUGUUGGUUGCCUCUUCGUCACGCAACAUGUCUAUGUACUUUUUCAAUAAAGGCAUCGAAAAUCUAUUCUUAACACGCGAAGUCAAUACGUCUGCACACGAAUCGUCGGUGAAAUUUGCACACUUGGCCACCACCGCUGACAUGUGGGCAUUUCUGGAGACUAAAUUCAUCAUGGAUCUCCAUGGUGAAGAUAAUAGAGGAGGAACAAAUGAAGAAGGCAACUCUGAACGCAAACGCCGUUCAACCGAGGACAAACUCAUAUUUCUUGAACAAAAUCUUGUGUUGGGACCACCCCGACUGCGGCAGUUACGUGUAAGGGAGAAUACCUGUGAUGUGCACAAUGUCUUCGGAAGAUAUUUCUCCAAGUGUUACGCGGAUUAUUCGGGCAGUGAUGAGGAUACCUCCGACAUAUAUAAGGGUACCAGAUACAAUACGCUGAGUGCAUUAAACGCCGAUUCAAUUUGGGGUCAAGUCACAACAUAUCGCAGUGGUGGUUAUGUGCGAAGCUUGUCUUACCACUUCAAUGAGAAUAAUCAAAUCUUGUCCGAUUUGAAGUCAAGAAAGUGGUUGGAUCGUGCUUCCCGCUUAAUAAUGGUGGAAUUCACGCUCUACAAUGCAAACAAAGAUCUGGUGAAUAAUAUCAAAUUCAUUGGAGAAUUGCCGUCAACUGGUGGCGUGGUUACCACUUUUAGCAUAGAAUCAGUGAAAUUGCGUUCGGUGUUUUGGAGGGACGGCAUAGCGAUAUUCGUGAUAGGCAUUAUAUUUUAUCUUUUCAUUUUCUACUUCACCAUAAUUGAGAUUUUGGAAGUCAUACGCAUCGGUUGCACCAAUUAUGUGCGUAUAUUAUGGAACUUUGUGGACUUUGUGAUAAUUGUUCUAGCGUACUGCACGCUCAUCUACAACAUUUGGCAUCCCUUUUAUGUAAGUGCGCUAUACAAACGUUUUGAGAAAAAUCCAAAUGACUACCUACAGUUGGACAAGCUGUGUUUCUGGAACUUGACAUAUCGUGCUGUCUUCGCGAUUUGUGCAUUUUUGGUUUGUAUGAAAAUAUUGAAAUUCAUUAGCUUCAAUAAAACAAUGCGCCAGUUCAAUGCAACCGUGAGCACAUGCUUUCGCGAUCUCUUGGGUUUCGGCGUUAUGUUCGGUAUCGUCUUUUUGGCCUAUGCGCAGUUGGGGCUGUUACUAUUCGGUAAUGUACACCAUGAUUUUCGCAACUUCAAAGAGUCUUUGCUGACGAUGAUACGUAUGAUUUUGGGUGAUUUCGACUACGAGGGCAUCGAAGCGGCGAAUCGUGUAUUGGGACCUAUCUUCUUUCUCACAUAUAUAUUGUUGGUGUUUUUCAUAUUAUUGAAUAUGUUCCUGGCCAUUAUUAAUGAUACAUACAGUAGCGUGAAAAGUGAUAUUAGAGGCGGUCGCAAUUAUUUGACAACUUAUCUGCGCAAAUUACUUAAUAAAUACUGUCCAAAAUGUUGUCGUUGCAGUGCGCCAAAAGAUGAAGAGCUUGGUCCUGCAAAGGAAGGGACUCCAUCACGCGAUGCGAGUCCCCAAAGCAAACGUUCUGUGGGCAAGGAUAAAGUUGUAGAUUAUUUUGAACCCGUCGGACGACAACAAACACAGGCACAAAGUACAGAUCCUGCGGCGAUUAGCCGUUUAACGGCGCGGGUUGCUGCUUUGGAAGACGUCAUCGAACAGCUGAUCGCGGAUGUGGAUCGGACAAUGCGCAAAGUUUUGCCGCGUCGACGGCAACGACAAAAUGACACACAAGACUCGCCAUCUCAACAGGCAGUACGUUAACUAAAAUGUGAAGCAGAAUAUUUCCCUUUUGAUAGAAUGUGUGGUCAAUUCUUAAUUUUCGUUCAUUCAUUUUCGUUUUUCGUAAAAGUUGUAAAUAUACUUUUUGAUUAAUAUGUAGAAAACAUGUAUUGGAGUUCAUAAAUAUUACGCGAAAAAUGUGCGAAAAUAAAACAAAAAACAAAAUUUUC